AUGUUAACACCAACGUCUACGAAUCACUUCACCCGUGCGAUGGAGAUAACGCACAUGUUUCAUCCUGGCAUCACUCAACAACAACGACGAGAGGCGGAAAGUUAUCUCAUGGCACUUCGCGCCACCGCUGAGGGCCUUAAUUUAUCAUUUCACAUCAUCAGUAAUGAACCACUUAGUGAUGUUCGUUGUUGUUGGGCAUUUAAUACCAUCAUGCAUCAUCUGCCAAGUCUCGCCAGUGGUAUUAGUGAUGAACAGGCGGGGGAGGUGUAUCGUACACUCUUCUCUUUUAUUUACCGCUUUUUCUUCUCCUGUACAGCAGAGCAGCGACAGCCGAUGGAGUUCCUCGCGAAUAAACAUGCCCAAAUGAUGGUGGCUGGUCUGCAGGUAUUUUUUCCAUCCCGUUGGCGAUCUUUCUUUGAUGAUGCCUUUGAACUCCUUGCCCGCAGCAGUACUCUUCCACAUGUGAGUGAUGCCGUUACGGUGUAUGUUCUUCGUCUCUUUGAGUAUAUUGAUGAGCGGGUGGUGUCGGUGCGAUCACGUGCAGAUCGUGGACGGGAACAGCGAGCACGAGAUAUGGAAUUAAAAGACGCUAUGCGUGAACAUGUAAUGCCCCGUGCAGUAUCUACAUGGUAUGUUAUUUUAUGUAAUUGUCGUUUACGGGCUCCAGAGAUUGUGCGUAUUUGUCUCUCUGUUGUACAAACCUAUAUUGAGUGGGUAGAUGUUACCUUAUUUAUCACAGCUGAUUGGAUCAAUUUACUCUACUUUCUUGUGACGACACCCGCUGUUCGGGAUGCCGCAUGUGAGUGUAUUUAUAGUCUUGUAGAGAAGAAACAGCAGCCAGCGGCGAAGAUGGAAUCGCUGCGAACAUUAAAUAUCAUUGAUUCACUUCCACGUAUUGUCAGUCUUCUUUUACAAGUACCACCAGAGACAGAAGAGGAUGUGAACUCUCUUGAGGUUACCGCAAGACUUGUACGGGCAGUAGCAGAACAAUUGUUAUCACUAUAUGAUCAUAUCUCCACUACAUUGGAGGAGAAGAAUAAAAAUACUGGUAAUACGAAUAAUCUUAAUCUUAAUUCACAGCAUCAAGAACAACAACAACAACAACAGCAGCAGGAUCAAUCUCAUUAUUACUCUUAUCAAGGUAAUAACACGGGUAAUGAUGAUGGGAAUAAUACUAAUACUUUUACUAAUCCUAAUUAUACUAUGAUUAACGGAAAAAAUAGUGCACUAGGAACACUUCCAUCAGAUGAUGGAAACUUCACUGUGGAAUCACUUUAUAUGGUGCGUACGGCAUUAGAUAAUGUUCUUGAACAACUGUUACUUCUUUUAAGUCUUAAUAACAAUGAGGUAAGCAACGCUCUUUUACCAUUUGUGCAUAUAUAUAUUAAAUCUACUGCAUUACGUGAGGAACAAGCUUUACAGUUACUUCCAAUACUGUAUAAUCACACAGUAAUACGUGGAGCUUCUUUAAGAGAAGAUCUUAUCUGGUGUGAUGAGGUGAUUGAUCAACGUAAACAAUUACAUACCCUUACACGUUUGCUUUUUCGCCGUUACGGCUCUCUAGUAAAACAACAUUUGCAAAUGGUAGUUAAACGCGCUGCUGGAAUUGGUGGGGAAAAUGGUGAAGGAGAAGAAGGGAGAAUAUUGUAUGGUAAUAAUGGUGUAUUAAAUGGAAAUGAAGCUACUGAAGGUCAACAAUACCAACAACAACAACAAGGGCAUUUUGAAGGGGUAUGCUCUAGUGAUAAAUGUGUGAGUGGUGGUAGUAAUAAUAGUGGUGGUGUUGGAAUGAUGAGUAGCAGUAAUAUUUCUGUUGGUGGUGGUGGUAAUUGUAAUAGUAAUAGUGGUAAUAGUAACACUCCAGAAGAGAUAGAGGCGGCGUUACGUUAUUUCUAUGAAUUAGGAGAAUAUAUUCGAAUGGAGAAUUUGCGGGAUGCAAAAAAUGAGUAUUCAGAACUUCUUUCUAUUGUUCUCUCUUCCGAGUAUAUUGCCCAGUGUCCAUCUCCUGUGGUACAUAUCAGUUAUUUUGAAGUCUUUGACCGCUACUACGCAUUCUUUGUGUAUCAUAAGGAAUAUAUUCCACUUUUACUGCAGCGAUUGUUAUUAUUACCGCAUGGAGUGACAAAUCGUCAUCCUCGUGUACGUGCACGUAUUUGUUAUCUCUUUGCGCAUCUCGUACAACUUCUUAAGGGUAAUUUACUCCCACACAAGCAUGAUAUUGUUAGUGCGCUGUAUACAAUAUUUUCCUCAGAUGUGCUUUUACCAAAUGAUCGUCGGGAACUAUAUGAGGCGACAGGUAAUUUAUUAAGUGUGAUGCAAAUAACAUCUCCAGCGGGAACUGCCAAUGAAGGGGAAAUGAUGAUUGUGCAGGUUACACAAUCCGUUGUACAGAACCUACGCGACGUGGCCUCUGCCGCUUCAUUAAAUCAAGUUAGUACUUCUACUUCUUCUAAUAGUGGUGUUGGUGGGGAUUCUGCUUAUGCGGAGUUGGUGGCGGAUGCCAUUUCGUUUUUGAGUGCGUUAGCGAAGGGCCUACGCGGUAAUGGUAUUGUGAACAAUGAUGCUACCCUUAAUAAUAAUAAUAAUAAUAAUAAUAGUAAUAGUAAUAGUAACACUAAUAGCCCUAACAAUAAUAAUAAUAAUACUAUUAAUAGUAUUAGUCCUGUAGAUGCGAUUGCGGCGGAUAUCUUUCACGGUGUCACUCGUGAGGUGGUGAAUGUACUUGUGAGUUGGCAUGCCUCUGUUUCUGUGCGGGAGCGGGCGGCGCAGUACUUUACACAAAUGGUCCACACACUUCCCUAUUCCUGUAUAGCCGUGUAUGCGGCGCCUUAUCUCACUCACACGUUGGGGUGUAUCUCAACACCAGGGGAGUUGGCGCGGCUGCUGCGAUUGCUGUUGUUGUUAGUCCACCGCAGCGGCGGCGGGGGGCGGGCGGCGGAACUUCUCAACUCCACACUUCCCGCUUUACUUCCACACAUCGCCGCCAACAUUGGAGGAGUGCAGGAUGACUCCAUUCAACCACCACCACCACAACAACAACAACCACUAUCACCAUCACAACUAAAUCUACAAUUACAAUCGCAGGAAUCUCAGAAUUCGCAGGAUCCACAGCAAUUACAACAACUGGGAAUAGUGGGAGGUGUGGAGUUGCAGUUGUGUAAUGUGAUCUCCGAGUCGGCGCGGGAGCGGCGUGAAGUUUACCGGCAACUCUUCGCCGUCCUGCACGGCGCCACGCAGGCGGGAUGCACGUCGGUGUUGUUGGCACUUCCACACAGUGAACUCACGCCGCUGCUGCAACAACUACUCGCCGCUCUGUAUCUCACAGGGGAGGCGGAUUUGCCAAAGCUCGCACUGCAGAUCAUGACAAAGAUGACUCAAGCCGCCGCAGAGAAUACAAACAAUAAUAAUAAUAAUAGUAAUAGUAACAAUAGUAACAAUAAUAAUAAUAAUCAAAACAAUAACAAUAGUAAUAAUAAUAAUAAUACUAACCAUCAUAACAACGCCUUUGGUAGUAAUACUAGUGGAGGUGGGGGUGGAGGAAAUACUUGUGUUGACAGUAGUGGGAAUUGUAUGUGUACAAUGGAUAUGUCUGAGAGUUAUCGGAAUUGGCUCUUGUUCAUGUUAAAUGAUGCUGUACCCACCAUACUUCGUCGAUUUCUCUCACCCGCCUUUGAUGUGAGAGAUGCGAAGAAUUUAUUUCUCAUUGGUGAGUCUGGUAAUCUUCUGAAGGCGUUAAUGCGUGGACUUGGUCCAUACGAUUCCUCCUUAUGUGUGUUGUUGUACACCACUCUGCAAUCAUUUGUUGGGGCGGAGGAGGCGGCGGGUCUUGUGAAGGUCCUGCAGGAUGAAAGUGCGGGAUUCUCAAUGGAGAUGAAGAUGCGAUUUCGGAAUAUGUUGCAGAAGGCUAAAGAACAACAAGGAGGAUGA